GUCAAGACAGCUGAAAAGCAGAAGUGGCAGGAAGGCGCCUUUGUGACCAUUUGGAUGGUUGCAAGCACUGAGAGAUCCGAUUUCCUCGCUUAGGAAGGUGGGAGUUCAGCAGACACUGUCUACCAAAGAAUGCAUGUCACGGGCGGAAAACUUGUUGCAGACUUUUACCUCUGACUUGGCACUUAGCUGAAAGCGCGGUUCAUCAUGGGGGAUGCUGAACCAAUGGUCGAAGGCGAUCAGCCACGCCCGGCGCCAACCCCUAGCCUGUUGUCAACGCUUGGGGAUGUGCCUGGUCCCCGUUGUGGACAUACGCUGACGGCGCUAGCACCUUCAGGAGAGCCAGGCUCGUCAGGUUACGUAGGUCCAAGGUUGAUCCUUUUUGGAGGAGCGACUGCCUUGGAAGGGAGCGGGGGCGCAGCUGGUCCAGGAGGCAGUGGCGGUGGAGCAGGGAUUCGAUUGGCUGGAGCAACAGCAGACGUGCACGCAUAUGAUAUUGCAACAAAGACAUGGACCAAGCUUCAACCGAUUGGAGAGCCGCCAUCUCCAAGGGCAGCGCAUGCCGCGACCGCAGUCGGCACGAUGGUUGUCGUGCAGGGGGGCAUUGGUCCAGCAGGAUUGGCGACGGACGAUCUGCAUGUCCUAGACCUGACAGGGCCAAAACCCCGCUGGCAUAGGGUGGUUGUUCAGGGCCCUGGCCCAGGUCCCAGGUAUGGUCACGUGAUGGCGCUUGUGGGGCAGCGCUUCCUUCUGUCAAUCAGUGGCAACGACGGCAAGCGUCCCCUCUCGGACGUGUGGGCCCUGGAUACUGCUGCAAAGCCCUACGAGUGGAAGGAGGUCCAGACAGAGGGAGAAGGGCCUCCGCCGUGCAUGUAUGCAACCGCCAGCGCGCGCUCCGACGGUCUCCUCCUCCUUUGCGGUGGCCGAGACAGUAGCAGCGUUCCUCUUGCCGGAGCGUUUGGGCUUGCCCGGCAUCGUGACGGCCGGUGGGAAUGGGCCAGCGCGCCUGGGGUGUCUCCGUCCCCUCGGUACCAGCACGCCGCUGUAUUUGUCAAUGCCAGAUUGCAUGUGUCGGGUGGCGCGCUUGGGGGGGGCAGGAUGGUGGACGAUGCGUCUAGCAUAGCUGUGUUGGACACGGCCGCCGGCGUUUGGUGUGACCGCCGUUCGGUCGUCACCAGCCCCCGUCCGGGGCGGUACAGCGCAGAUAGCAGCGCCGAGUCAGGGAGCAUGGCGGAGCUGCUCCGGAGGUGUCGGCAUGCGGCGGCUGCCGUUGGAGAGCAGGUAUUCAUCUAUGGUGGCUUAAGGGGGGGCGUCCUGUUGGACGACAUGCUGGUCCAGGAGGACACGUCAACUCCGUCUGAGUUGGCAGCCAGUGCGGCCGCAAUCGGAGCUCAGGCGGCCAAUCAGACUAUGUCGCCGCCAGACUCGCCGUCAACUCCGACGGUCCAGGGACCACCGGCAAAUGCCGCACCCAAAUCGAAGCCGUCCGGCGACGAUCCUGAGACGGUGCUGAUGGAGGAGCCUGUGGCUGCGGCAGUUCAGGGGGAUGCCAACAUGGACAUCAGCACGGAGAAUGCAGUGACGCACCACUUGGAACAGGGUGACGUCAGCCCGCUGGUACAGAAUGCCGCAGAGGAGGCUGCGGCGGCGAGCGCGAUCUUGCAGGCAAAGACGAAACCCGAAGAGGAGAUGGAGAUGGCUGCGGAGGAGCCCAACCGAGAAACGUCUCCCGAGGUUAAGCAGACGGCAACCGGCCGCGCAGCCGAGGCGGCAGCCCGCGCUGUCGCCACUACAACGCAACGGAACCCUGACAGGGACGUCACGCCUGACGUCAGGCUCUUCCACCGGGCAGUCGUAGUCGCGGGGGGAACGCUCGGGGGCCUUGUCCGGCAGCUCUCGAUUGACCAGUUCGAGAACGAGGGGCGGCGGGUUUCUUUCGGGACGCCAGACAGUUCGCAUGGGAAGGAAGUGAACAAGAUGUUGGACCGCAGCAUGAGCUUGCAAGGGGUGCACAAGAAGGUGCUGAGCGCGCUGCUCAAGCCGCGCGGGUGGAAGCCGCCGACGAACCGCAAGUUCUUCCUCGAAGCGCCCGAGAUAGCCGAGCUGUGUGAAAAGGCGGAGCAGCACUUCCAGCAGGAGCCCAGCGUCCUGAAGCUCCACGCGCCCAUCAAGCUCUUCGGCGACCUGCACGGUCAGUUCGGCGACUUGAUGCGCCUCUUCGACGAGUACGGGGCGCCCUCGACGGCGGGCGACAUCACGUACAUAGACUACCUCUUUCUGGGCGACUACGUGGAUCGGGGCCAGCACUCGCUCGAAACCAUCUGCCUCCUGCUAGCGUUGAAGAUCGAGUACCCCCGGAGUGUCCACUUGAUAAGAGGGAACCACGAAGCUGCCGACAUCAAUGCGCUUUUUGGCUUCCGGAUUGAGUGCAUAGAGCGGAUGGGGGACGGUCCGGGCAUCUACGCCUGGCAGCGCAUCAACCAGCUGUUCAACUGGCUGCCCCUCGCCGCCAUGAUCGAGAACAAGAUCAUCUGCAUGCACGGCGGCAUCGGGCGGAGCAUCGAGAAGGUGGAGCAGAUCGAGGCGCUGCAGCGACCGCUCACAAUGGACGCGGGGACGGACCGUGAGCGGGUGGUCCUAAUGGACCUGCUCUGGUCGGACCCCACCGAGAACGACAGCGUCGAGGGGCUGCGGCCGAACGCGCGGGGGCCGGGCCUCGUCACGUUCGGGCCGGACCGUGUCCGCGACUUCUGCAAGGAGAACGACCUGCAGCUCAUUGUCAGGGCCCACGAGUGCGUCAUGGACGGCUUCGAGCGCUUCGCAAUGGGCCACCUCAUCACCCUGUUCUCAGCCACCAAUUAUUGCGGAACGGCGAACAAUGCAGGGGCCAUCUUAGUUCUGGGCCGAGAUCUUGUGGUGGUCCCUAAGCUUAUUCAUCCGCUUCCCCCUCCGGGCCCAGCAAACAACGACUCCGAUUCGGAGGACACGUGGAUGCAAGAGCUCAACGUACAACGACCCCCAACCCCUACUCGAGGGCGGCCACAAAAUGAGGCGCAGCAACGGAGUUCGCUAGCUUGGAUUUAGGUCUUUUUAGCUAGGCGCCAGCUUAUACAAAUGUGCUUUGUUCAGGAAUCUUAACAGCGCAAUACGUCUGCUUAGGCUUAUAGGACAGUGCUUUAGGUGCGCCGUGGGUUUGUAUAAACAUUGGCACAAGUUGGUCGAUCAAAUAGGUAAGCAGUCCGUGAGUUGCAAAAGCUCGGUCAAAGGGGUCAUCUCUGUUGCUGCAACACCUUAGCCUUCCUGCAAAAACGAACGACUAUCUUUUUUUGGAGGAAGGUUAGGCUAGCAUGACAUGGCGGAGUUCUCUUGUCAUGUGGUCGGUUUGUUGUAAGGAUGAUCAAACGAGGCAGCAGAAGUCGCUUGAAGAUGCAGCCUCCUUUUCCUUAAGACCACCUCGUUCAUAUCUUACUAGGCUCCAUCUUAGUCUCAAGCUUACCUAGGUCAAAUGUUGAAUGUAUCGAAUAUGUUCGAUCCUUGCAAGAACCUCGAAUGCCCUGAGA